AUGCCAACCCAACGUAGUAACUACACAAACGCAUUCCAUGCCCUCUACAGAAUCACUGCAGAUGAAGGAGUUUUAGCUCUCUGGAAAGGUGUUGGUCCCACUGUGGUUAGGGCAAUGGCAUUGAACAUGGGCAUGCUUGCUUCCUAUGAUCAAAGUGUUGAGUUCUUCAAAGACAAUCUUGGUUUUGUGAAGCAGCUACAAUUGGACAAGUUCUAUAUCAAGGUUCUUUGCUGCUGCAUGUAG